UGGGGAGGCCUCUUGCGGCAGGUCCCUGCAGAGAUGUGGCUCCUUCUUCUCUGUACCCUGUCCCCACUCCUCCAGACUGCUGUCAGGGCUGACCCUGUACCGAACUAUGUGGUUGUGCUACCAGCCCGGCUGCAGUAUCCCUCCGUGCAGAAAGCCUGCAUGGACUUGAGUAAGGUGAAGAGUUCCAUGCUGCUCACCAUCACUCUGGAGACCAAGGCCAAGACUUACAAGCUGCUGGAUGGGUUUGUCUGGAAGAAGAGACAGCUCAAAUGCUUCAGCUUCCCUGUCCCACCUCCAUCAGGAGGCACUGAGGAAGUUGCCACCAUUCAGCUGUCUGGACGUGGAGGUGGGAGUAAGAUAUCUGAGAAAAAACAAGUCCUGAUCCAGAGGGCUAGCAACAGCACUUUUGUGCAGACUGACAAGCCUGUCUAUAUGUCCAGGCAGUUGGUGAAUUUUCGCAUUGUUACUCUGGACAGCAAUUUCAUUCCACUGAAUGAGGAGUACCCGCUGGUGGAGCUGAAGGAUCCUGAAAGUAACCGGAUUGGCCAAUGGCUUAACGUGAAACCAAAGCAAGGCAUUGUGCAGUUGUCCUUCCAGCUGGCAGCCGAGCCAUCCCUUGGAACAUACACCAUUAAUGUGGACAGCAGAAAGAGUGCCAGUACCUUCAGCGUGCAGGAAUACGUGCUGCCCAAAUUCAAAGUGACUGUGAUUGAGCCCACUCAGAUCUUCACAUCAGAUGCAUUGUUUCCAUUGAAAGUUUGUGGCAAGUACACCUAUGGAAAGCCUGUCCAGGGUACAGUGCAAGUCUCUUUGUGUCAGACAGUGUAUACUUGGUACAGGAGAGAGUCAGAGUCCACAGACAUCUGCCGGAACAUCACAGGCAAGACUGAUAAGACUGGUUGUUUCUCAGCCUCUGUGGACUUGGCAUUCUUCAGGCUUGAGAGUCCUGCAUACAGCCAGAAUAUAAAUGUGGUAGCCACUUUGGUGGAAGCUGGAACAGGUGUGAAGGCAAACGCUACUCAUGUUGUAUUUAUAUCACAGCAAGCUGGGUCAAUGAGCUUUGAGGAUUCAGACAAUUACUACCACCCUGGGUACCCCUACAGCGGGAAGAUCAAAGCUCUGGACCGAGAUGGCUCCAUAUUCAAGAAGCAGACUGUUUUCUUGGUUAUUAAUGUUGGGAACACCCAGUCCCACCGAAAACUCACCACUGAUAGCACUGGAAUGGCUGCUUUCACUCUGAACACCGCUACCUGGAAUACAAGUGAGGUGUCUCUGCAGGGAAGGUUCAAGCUUCUCAAUCCAGAGUAUGAGCAUACAAGGACCAAUCUGUACUAUCUGAAUGCUUAUCUCUACCUGAAGCCAUAUUACACCACCACCAAGAGCUACCUCAAAAUUCAGCAGCUGCGGGGCGUGCUGCCCUGUGGCCAGGAGCAGAUGGUUCAGGUGGAUUACCAAAUUAACCAAAUGGAUCUGAGAGGCCAAUCCAGUGAAAUCCUCUUCUCCUACUAUGUGAUGGGGAAGCAGCGGCUCCUUCUGAAUGGUCAGAAACGUGUUGCCAUCAAGAAGAAUGGUGGGCAGAGGGGCGCUUUCUCCAUUCCUGUCACCUUUACCUCCAGCUUUGCUCCCCACCCCUCCUUGGUGGUGUAUGCCAUGUUCCCUGAUGGGGGAGUUGUUGCCGACAAAGUCCAGUUCACGGUGUCCAUGUGCUUCAAGAACCAGGUCAACCUAGAGUUCUCGCAGCAGCAGGACCUACCGGGGGCAAGUGUGAAUCUUCAGCUGAGCGCAGCUCCCAACUCGCUGUGUGCCAUCCGAGCUGUGGACCAGAGCAUCCUGCUUCUGAGGCCAGAGAGGGAGCUCUCCAAUGGCAGUGUGUAUGGGAUGUUCGAUUUCUCAAAUGGAGGUUACCCCUAUCAAGUUGAUGAGUACGAUAGCUGCUAUUUACCAAGACCAUUUCCAAUGCCUGACGUCAACCCUGUGCCAAUGGACAACAGAGGACGUUCCUUCAUGCCAUAUCCUUGGUUUAGCCAAGGAGUUGACUUCUUUAGCUUCCUAAAGGAAAUGGGCCUGAAAAUUCUAUCAAAUAGCAAAAUAAAGAGACCCCUGGAUUGUCGUUCCUAUCCCAGCUGGGAAAAUAUGAGGCCACACAUGCUACCUGUCCCUGCAGUGGAUUCUCAGACUCUGUCAGUAGGGAAAUCGAGUGAGUCCCAAGUCCGUGACUUUUUCCCUGAGACUUGGAUCUGGGAGCUGUAUCCCAUGAACUCUUCUGGUAACAAGCAGGUCCCCGUCACCCUUCCUGACACCAUUACAGAAUGGAAAGCCAGCAUGUUCUGUACCUCGGAGAGCAGUGGCUUUGGGAUCUCACCUACGGUGGGGCUGGUGGCCUUCAAACCUUUCUUCGUGGAUCUGACCUUACCCUACUCGGUGAUCCGCGGGGAAACAUUUACAUUGACUGCCACUGUCUUCAACUACCUGAAACAGUGCAUAAAGAUCCAGAUUACACUGGCCAAGUCAGAGGAGUACCAGGUGAAGCCAUGUAAGGGCUGUGAAUACACCAGCUGUCUGUGUGGUGAUGAAGCUAAGACCUAUUACUGGAACGUGACCACUUCCAGACUGGGUAAAGUAAACAUCACUGUUACUACAGUGGCACUGCACAGCAAAGAGCUCUGUGGUGGUAAGAAAGUGAUGGUGCCAAGUAAGGGCCAUAGCGACACCUUAAUCAAGCCUCUCCUCGUCCAGCCGGAGGGCAUCCUGAUGGAGAAAUCUCACAGUUCUCUGCUCUGCCCAGAAGGGAAUUCUGCCUCAGACUCCGUGUCCCUGCAGCUCCCUGAGAAAGUGGUGCUGGAUUCAGCCAGGGCCCAUAUGUCUGUGCUAGGUGACAUCAUGGGGACGGCGCUGCAGAACCUGGACCAGCUGGUGCAGAUGCCCAGCGGCUGCGGGGAGCAGAACAUGGUGCUGUUUGACCCCAUCAUCUACGUGCUGCAGUAUCUGGAACAGACAGGGCAGCUGAGCAAGGAGUUGAAGGCAAGAGCUGUGGGUUUCCUGCAAACAGGGUAUCAGACACAACUUCAAUACAAACACAAAGAUGGCUCCUACAGUGCCUUUGGAGAGAGUGAUGGAGAAGGCAACACAUGGCUGACAGCGUUUGUAGCCAAGUGCAUCAUUCAAGCCCAGCAGCACGUCUUCAUAGAUAACAAGACCAUUGCAGACGCCUUGCAGUGGAUAGCAGGGAACAAGCAGGCCAACGGCUGCUAUGCCAACGUGGGGAAACUCUUCCAUACAGCAAUGAAGGGUGGGAUAAAUGACGACAUCUCUCUAGCUGCUUACAUCACUGCCGCGCUGCUGGAGGCAGGGAAGCCACUCAAUGACCCCAUGGUGAAGAACGGUUUGGAGUGCCUCAGAAAUGCUUCCUCCAGUGCUACUGAUGUGUACACCCAGGCGCUGCUGGCAUAUGUCUACUCGCUGGCGGGAGACUCUGUGACAAGGCAGUUACUGCUCACCAAGUUGGACCAGCAGGCCAUCAAGUCAGGAGGACAGAUUCACUGGAGCAGGAAACCAGCCCAACCUCCCACUGACUACAGCUGGUCCCAGCCCACGUCUGUGGAUGUCGAGUUGACAGCCUAUGUAUUGCUGGCUCUGCUCACUAAAGAAAAAGUGACCAAGGAAGAGAGAGCUUCUGCCACUGGCAUUGUGGCAUGGCUGGCCAGGCAACAGAAUGCCUAUGGGGGUUUUGCUUCCACCCAGGACACUGUAGUUGCCCUCCAAGCUCUUGCUAGAUAUGGAGCAGUGACAUUCGUCAAAUCUGGAAACGUCUCUGUGACCGUGAAAUCAGACAAGAACUUCCAGCAGUCCUUCCACGUGGCGCCCGCCAACCGACUGGUGCUGCAGAAGCAGCCUCUCCCUGACAUUCCUGGAAACUACACCAUCCAGGCAGCUGGCACAGGCUGUGUGUAUGUGCAGACAGUUCUGAGGUAUAACGUGCCUCCUCCAAAGAAUGCAGAGACCUUCACCUUGAGCGUGAAAACAGGAGAAAGCAAGUGUGAGAUGCAAACACGCCCCCGCUUCCUGUCUCUCCUCAUCAGUGUCAGUUAUAUUGGGAGCCGUGGCACCUCCAACAUGGUCAUUAUCAAAGUGAAGAUGCUGUCUGGAUUCUACCCAGUCCGGGGCACGGACUACUUUCUCCAGCAGCAGCCAUUUGUGAGGAGAGUGGAGAUUGGCGGGGAAGAUCUCACCAUCUACUUGGACCAGCUGAAUAAGGAGACUCAGACGUACUCCUUCACCAUGAGCCAAGACAUUCUAGUGAAGGAUCUGAAGCCAGCAGUGGUUAAAGUUUAUGAUUACUACCAGCCAGAUGAGCAGGCAACAGUGGAAUACACAGACCCCUGCCAGUGAGGUGACCGACACAUUGUCCCUGGCAUGGUUCACAGGAAUUCCUGGUUUGUCUGCAGCACUUAGCUUCUGCGCUAAGGGAGAAGACUCUCUCUAUCAACUCUGCUCACAUGCUGCUCCAGAAUGCAUCAAUUCUCAACUGCUCCUCUAGCCAGUAAGGGGGUGAGGAAGGAAGAAAUUAUAGGGUGAACACAGGCAACCUCCAUUCCUCACUGUAUGAAAAGUAGCACAAGGGCUGACAGCCAAGCAGAAGGCAAUCUCAAGGGAAUUCAGAAGGGAGCCUGGGGUGGUAUCAAGUCAGGUAUCCUCAUUAUCAUUCUCCUAGAGAGGGCUGAGAGGCUACACAGAUGCAAAGCAAGGGAGAAUUCAGGGCAGUGAAUAUUUGAGUAUUGGGUUGAUGGAGCUAGUUGUGGGGCUAGGAAAUACCACAGAGAAUUAUGCUGAACUGGGUGCAGGGUUAGUUUGCUAGAAGAGGUCAAUCUCUCAACAUGGGGCAAUGUUCAUAUGAUAUAUUUCCAUACUGAGCUAACAAUAAAUUGCCAUUUUGGGUGUUUUUUGGCA